AUGUCAUCAUCAAAUAAUAAGAGCAAUCCAUCUGCCAGUGCUUCAUCACAACGUCUGAGUAGAGAUGAAUAUAAAAAACAACAAUUAAUAGAAGAGGCUCGUAAAAAUGGUCUCGUAAUGCCGGAAAAAGAUGAACAAGGAAGAGACAUCAAUCCUCACAUUCCACAAUACAUUAAACAAGCUCCUUGGUACUUGGAUCGUGGUGCUCCUAGUUUAGACCAUCAGAGGUAUUCCGAAAAAGAAAAAGAUGAGUUUGGAAAUUGGUACAAUCGCGGAAUAAAAAUUCAAGCUGCCACCAAAUACAGAAAAGGUGCUUGUAAGAAUUGUGGAUCUAUGACCCAUAAAGAAAAAGAGUGCACUGAAAGACCUAGAAGAAAAGGUGCUGCUCUUACUAAUAGUGACAUUGCUCCCGAUGAUUUAAUUCACAAUAUUCAAGUCAAGGGCUUUGAAGCCAAAAGAGAUAAUUGGAAUGGGUAUGACUCGAGUCUAUACGCAAAGGAGGUUGUGGAAGUACAUCAAGAAUUGGAAAAAGAAAGAAAGAAGAAUAAGGAUCGUCAACUUCAUGAAAAAAUGAUAGAAAAACAAAGGAAAAAAGAACAACGUAAUCAAGAAAAGGAUAAUGAAAACAAACAAAAUAAUAAUAGUGAUUCUAGUGAUGAUGAAUAUUUUUCAUCAUCAGAUUCUGGAGAUGAAGAUUUGGAUAAAUCUGGAAGAAGUGGAAAAAAAGAAGUGAAAACUACCAGUGUGUCACAAUCAAUUCGUACCAGAGAGGAUAUUCCAAAGUAUUUAUACAAUCUCGAAUUAGAUAGUGCUCACUAUGAUUCUAAAACUCGUUCUAUGAGAGGUAACCCUUUACCUUUUGUUGAUCCUUCAGAAGCUCCAUAUACUGGCGACAAUGCCACUAAGAAAACUGGAGAGUAUAAUGAGUUUAUUCAAGCCCAAAAGUUUAUGUGGGAUGCUGUCAAUAGAGGAGAGGAUAUUAAUAUUGCGUCAGUGCCUUCACAAGCCUUUAUGGCCCACUCACAUUUCAAACAAAAGAAGAGAGAAUUGGAAGAAACUAGGAAAAAAGCAAUAGUAGAAAGAUAUGGAGGAGAAAAAUUCUUAAACAAGCCUCAAGAAUACGUAACUGCUCAAACUGAAAAUUAUGCUGAAUACUCUACAAGUGGUAGAAUUAUUGGAGGUAAACACCAAGCUACUAUAAAGAGUAAAUAUGAAGAGGAUGUAUUCUAUAAUGGACACACGAGUGUCUUUGGUUCACAUUGGGAUCCAAACAAAGGAUGGGGAUUUAGAUGUUGUCGUCAAUUUGAUAGAAAAUGUUUUUGUAACUCCAAUAAUAAUAUUUUGGAAACUAGCACAACGACCAAAGAGGAGCCAAUAACAAUUAAUAGUAAGCAAAAUGAGAAUAUAAGAAAAUCAGAAUUCUCAUAUCCAAUCCAACAAGAAAAGAAGCGAAAGUUAGAAACUGGUUCACCAUAUUCAAAAUCGAAUUAUCAAAUAUCAGAGCAAGAAAUGGAGGAAUAUAGAAAAAAGAAGAGCCAUUUUGAAGAUCCAAUGAAUUCAUUGCCAAAGGAUUAUUAAAUAAAUGGCGUUGGUUGGUU